AUGAAUGAGUUUUACAUUUGGAAUUGGUUGGAAAACGAUCAGAAUGCACGGCAACUAUUCUUUUCUGGAGAUACUCUCGCUGCAUUUCGUCAAUGGAUCGAUCAUCUGAACGGAUUAUUCUCAUAUAAAAUAGAAUUUUUGAAAUUGGAUUUGAUACUUUCUCCCUCCGACACUGAUUAUAUUCUCAAAUUAUUCGAGAUGAAUCCUCCUUUUUUAUUCUUCAAAUGCUCUGAUCAUGAUCAUUUGAUGAGGUCCGUCAUGAAUAGAGAAAAAGAUUUCAGUGUACUUUCCAUUGAUUUCAAACCGAAAUCUCCAUCUGUUCUCGAUUUGAACAAUGUAAAAGUGAAAGACUAUUUCGAAAGUUUCACCUCACAUUGGAUUAGUUUCGAGCAGAUGAUGACGUUCAGUUGUGAAAAUAUUUCCAUAUUCCGUACGAGUUUCGUCCCAAACAACUUCAAAACGAUGAUAAGAGAAUGGAGAGACGGAUGGAACCCAAUAUGGAAGUCAGCUUGUAUUGACUGUUCGGAGUUCAGGAACAUUAUAAAUUUGAUCGAUGAUGUACCUAUAGACAUUGAUGGUUUUACACCAUUUCUACCAAUUCCAGAGUAUUUCAUUUUUCUUGGAAGUGUUAUUUUCUCAUAA